AUGGGCGCGUCAUGGCGCAAGAAGAUGGAUGAGGUCGAGGCUCGAAUCAAGAAAGAGCAAGGCAACCUGGGCGUCUUAGACGGCGAGGUGAAGCUGAAGACCAAGGAGAAGGAAUACCUGAAGAUCAAACUGCAGCGUCUGGUGAGAGAGCAGGAGAAUUUGCGAGAAGGCUCGGCGCUGGAAGAGCUCAGUAAAGUCGUGGCAGAACAAGCGGCCAAGACCGAGUUGCUGAAGAGUAGCAAUCUCGUGUUAGAACAACACGGGCUGGAGGUCGUCAGUGAACGAAAGGCCAGUGGCGCCUUGAAGCGGAAAGCUGAAGCUGCUCGAACAGAAGCAAUGACCAUUGCUGACUGUCGCCGCCCAAAGUGA